AUGGGACAAUUACCUGCUCCACGGGUCACCCCGUCACCACCAUUUGCUCACACUGGUGUCGACUAUGCGGGUCCUGUGACUCUCAAGACAUGGAAAGGACGUGGAUCGAAAUCUUCGAAAGGCUGGAUUUGCGUCUUUGUGUGUCUCGUCACUUCAGCAGUUCAUUUAAAACUAGUGAGUGAUUACUCAUCCGCCACCUUCAUUUCUGCUCUCCAUCGCUUCAUCAGCCGGCGUGGAAUAUGCUCAGCUCUAUACAGUGACUGCGGAACCACGUUCCAAGGUGCUAGCUCAGAGCUCAAGAGGCUCUUUUCUCAAUAUACACGAGAAUCGGCUGAACUGCUCGCUUUUGCCACUGUGAAUAACAUCAAGUGGCAUUUCAAUCCACCAGCGGCUCCCCACAUGGGCGGAAAGUGGGAAGCAGCGGUGAAGUCGCUCAAACAUCACCUCACGAGGACUGUCGGUGAUUCUCGACUCAUUUUCGAGGAAAGUACAACUCUCCUAGCUCGGAUCGAAGCAACUCUCAACUCAAGACCCCUGGAAGCCAUCAGCGAGGACCCUGAUGACCUGACCGCUCUUACACCCGGUCACUUCCUCAUCGGGAGAGAACUCAACGCCAUUCCAGAGCCUUCACUCAUGGACCUCAACUCCUCACGGCUUUCCAGAUGGCAAUUCAUACAACAACGUGCUCAAUACUUCUGGAAACAUUGGUCCACCAGCUACAUCCAACGCCAGCUGGCCCAGACCAAGUGGUGUCAACCACGGAAUGAUGUUCAAAUCGGCUCAUUAGUUCUGCUUACCAAUGAGAAUGCUCCGCCAAAUCGAUGGCCUCUCGCGAAGGUCACGGACAUUCACCCUGGGCGUGAUGGGCUCACUAGAGUAGCCACAAUCAAAACCAUCAAUGGUAUUCUCACGCGGCCAGUUGCCAAACUUGCAUUGCUGCCGCUCGCACCUGAACGGGACGCGUAA